ACGUGACUUUCCUCUGCCGGAGACGCCGAAAGAUGAGACUGGGCUCCGGUAGAAAGAACUGUUCUCCUAUAUACGCCCUGGAGGACCGAGAUAACCCGGCUUUCACAGCUGAAGGCCACACUCCUCCUGGAUACCACAGGCGUUAACCCUUAAGAUGAAGCUCUCUCGUCUAGAUGACCUGACUGAAGUGCUCAACAUGGACAAGGCCAGGAAUCACUUGAUUGAGAAGAUAAUGCAUAUAACCUUAGAUAUUCUCUACCUGCUGACUGGAGAGGAUUACAUUGUAUUAAAGAUGUCUGGUGGCCAAGUCACGCACAGUAGUAGCCCUAUUGUAGCAGGAGGAUUCUGUAGAAAUCAGAGCUUAAACAACAGCCCCCAAACUGACGUGAUGGAAGAGAGUAAAAAUGAUGAGAAGAUCUUGGCACUUACCAACACUAUCACUCAGCUACUGACUGGAGAGGUUCCUAUGGGGUGUCAGGAUGUCACUGUCUAUUUCUCCAUGGAGGAGGGGGAUAAUUUAGAAAGACCCAAUGCUCCAACAAAGGAUGCGAUGUCUGAAGACCAGAAGCACAUUGCAUCUCCUGAUGGAACCAGGAGUGAAAAGCCCUACGAGUCCCCCCCUAAGAAUUCGGAAGAGAGUCAGGCAGCACAGUGUGAGGUCACGAGUGAGAUCCCAACAAGCACAUCAGGAACCCAAACGUUGGUUGUCAAAGAAGAAGAGACGUAUGAGAUGGUUGAUGAAGAGGCAGUGCCUGAGCUUAGCUCAGAAAGUACAGGAACAUCAAGUAAUGGAAAUACACCAGAGAAACAUCAACCUCCUCCUUCACCUGAGGAUUUCUUAGAAGAUGGUGACCAAAUGCUGCAGGAUGAUCAGCGUGAUGAUUUUGAUGAUCUUAAUAUUGAAAUUAAAUCCCUUGAAGAUGGAGAAGAGAUGAACAAGUGUGGUGAUGGUCAAUGUAAGGAAGAAGACUUUACAAAAAAAUGGAAAAGAGGAUGGACUUGUAAGAAGUCAGGGACUGAGGAAGCUAAAAAACUGUAUGAAAAAGAGAAGGCUCCUGAAGAGAAAAGAGAACUGCCACAUAGAGCUAAACGCCUGCUUCCAUCUGUGAUAGAAAUAGAUGCAGAGGAGGUCGGACACCUGCAGCGAACAGCAGAGUGGGAGAUUCAUGAAGAUGGGUCAACACAUCUUAUGACGUCUGGAGGACCACCAGAUUCUAAGCGAAAAUAUACUUUAACCUCAAGAAGAACUCAUGAGUCUAAGACUGCCCCCCCUGACGUGAACUCAUAUCCUUGUUCUGAAUGUGACAAGUGUUUCUCAGAAGCAUUACACCUUGAGAGCCAUCGGAAAUUCCACAGCAUCCCUGCCCUGUUUGCCUCUGCGGAGGGAGGGAAGAGCUUCACCACGUCUUCUGAGCUCGGCACACACAUUAAGGUGCACUCAGGGGAGAAGCUGUUUGCUUGUCCCGAGUGUGGAAAGUGUUUUACAUUGAAGUCAAAUCUGGUCGCUCACAAGGCCAUUCACGCGGGGGAGAAGCCUUUUGCCUGUGCUGAAUGCGGCAGACAUUUUGCACUGAAAUCCUCCCUGAUUACGCAUAUGUCCAUUCAUGCUCUUGAGAAACCGUACGUCUGCACUAUUUGCGGCAAGUGUUUCACCUCCAGUGCCCGCCUAUCCUUCCAUCAGACUACACAUAUAGGGGAGAAAACAUAUGAAUGUGAAGAAUGCGGGAAAGUGUUUACUGCCAGCGGAAGUCUUAACCGCCACAAAAGAACACACACAGGGGAGAAACCAUAUGCUUGCAAAAUUUGUGGAAAGUGCUUCAACAGAGAAACCAAUCUCUAUAGACACCAAAUGAUCCACACAAGAUGAUGAUGACGGUGGUGUUUUCUUGCUUGUCAUUAAAUACCCCUCACUACGAGCAGAGAGGUCCGCUGUAAACUGUACAAUCAAAAUGACUCUUGUAGAGUAAUAUAUGAGGAGAUUACAUCGGCAGAGAUCUGUGAGAUGAUACCCAUGGAAAUUGUAUGGGGGAAUAUCUGAAGUCAGUAUUGCUUGAAUCUGUGUUGGUGUACUUUGCACUAAAUUUAUGAAACGGCACAUGUUGUUUCUUAAAGGGGUUCUCUGGGAAUGAUUUAAUA